UAUUACUUGGAUUAGACAAGGAAUCUACCUUGAGGCUUGAACUGCUCAUGGAUCACUAUCAUACUAUUGAGAAAAGAGAGGGAGGCUAAAAAGAACAAAAAAAAGUCUCAGAAAGAGGAAACUCGAUAUGUAUUUCUUGGCUACUCCAUUCAUCACAAGGGAUAUUAGUGUCUUGACAUACGAUUGGGCCGCAUAUAUUUAUAUAGUCAUGGAAUAUUUGAUGAGCUUACAUUUCCCUUCAUCUGUAAACAAGGUUCUACCAAACCUGAUUUACACUCUCUGUGUGUUGAAGCUGAACCCUGAUUUACACUCUCUCUGUGUGUUGAAGCUGACGUCACGAGGCCUCUCUCUCUGUGACAGCCUGUCUCGUAUUUAUUAGUCGAGCUCCUCCAUCGGCUUCAGCACAUUGGUUGUAUCGGUGUGAAUCCCCCUCAACAUAGAAAGGAAAUGACGAAGCAAGGCGCGGAGCAUCUGCAGGAGCCAUGGAAGCGGGACCUGGAGGGAAAAGUGGUUAUGGUGACUGGGGCAUCCUCCGGACUCGGCCGCGAAUACUGUCUUGACCUCGCCAACGCCGGCUGCAAGAUCGUGGCCGCCGCUCGCAGGGUCGACCGCCUCAACUCCCUCUGCCACCAAAUCAAUCACCUCGCUUCUUCUUCGGCGUCCGAUUCCCGAGGUUGCCGAGCCGUGGCUGUAGAGCUAGACGUCUCUGCCGAUGCUCCCACCAUUGAGACGUCAGUACAAAAAGCUUGGGAUGCGUUCGGGCAUAUCGACGCCUUGAUCAAUAAUGCGGGAGUUAGAGGUAAUGUGAAAUCUCCGUUAGACUUGUCUGAGGAGGAAUGGGAUCAGGUCGUCAACACAAACUUAAAAGGAACCUGGUUGGUGUCAAAGUAUGUCUGCAUACGCAUGCGUGAUGCGGAGCGUGGAGGAUCAAUCAUUAACAUAUCUUCAAUUACUGGUCUUGACCGUGGGCAGUUGCCUGGAGCUGUCGCCUAUGCGUCCUCAAAGGCAGGCGUAAACACCUUGACAAAGGUUAUGGCUAUGGAAUUGGGAGUUUACAAAAUUAGAGUGAAUUCAAUAUCACCUGGCAUUUUCAAAUCUGAGAUCACUCAGCGUCUCAUGCAAAAAGAUUGGCUGGAUAAAGUGGUUAAGAAAACUGUCCCUUUAAGAACAUAUGGCACAUCUGAUCCGGCAUUAACAUCACUUGUUCGAUACUUACUACAUGACUCUUCUGAAUAUGUUUCGGGCAACAUUUUCAUUGUUGAUGCAGGUGCAACGCUACCGGGUAUUCCUAUUUUCUCUUCCCUUUGAUGUUCAUGUUUUGUACUGACAUAUAACUAAGUUUCACUAUACUGAGAUACGAGGACAAUAUACCUCAUGUGUGAGGUAUUAGUAGUUUCUGAAACUUAUGGUUUUUUUUUUUUUUUUUUUUUCAAUUUCUUUUCCUGCCAUUUAGUUCAAUGUAUUGUCAUAUCUGGCUGCUUUACUUUUAUCUGCGUCACUGGGACAAGCUUUAUAAAUUUGAUAGUGGUUGAAAAAUCAAAAUUUCCUCGAACA